AGAACCUCAGCUCUUUUUUUUUAAACCGGCGCAAGAAAUAACUUCUACGCUACGAGAAGUUCUCUGAAAUGACACUCUUCUCCAGUGGCACACAAAAUGUCUUUAAUUCUGUCGGUUUGGGACAAAAUAAGAGUAUGAGUGCCACACAAAAGUCAAUUGAAGUUCAGUCUCCUCCAGGAGAUACAGUGUCAUGUCUUCGCUUCAGUCCUGAAUCCAUGCAAACGACUUUCUUGGCUGCCACUAGUUGGGAUAAUCGUAUAAGAAUUUGGGAAGUCCAAGGCAAUGGUUCUACUAUCCCCAAGGCUGAACAGAUGCACCAAGGACCUGUAUUUGCUGCCUGCUGGAGUACCGAUGGUUCAAAACUUUUCAGUGUAUCGGCAGAUAAAACUGCGCAAAUGUGGGAUCUUGGUUCAAACACUUUCACUCAAGUUGGUGCUCAUGAUGCCCCUAUUAAAACUGCUCACUUCAUUACUGCUCCGAAUUAUUCUUGUCUAAUGACUGGUUCAUGGGAUAAACGGCUAAGGUUCUGGGAUACAAGACAACCUCAGCCUAUUUUAAACUUGGAUUUGCCGGAAAGGAUCUAUUGUGCUGAUGUCCAUUAUCCACUCGCCCUUGUCGGUACUGCAGGUCGACAAAUAUUUGUGUAUAAUUUAGAAAACGGUCCUCGUCAGUUCAGCCAAAUUGAGUCUCCUCUUAAAUUUCAGGUCAAUAUCGAAUUAAGUAGGUCACCUCUUCAGAUUUUGCACAUAAAAGAAAUGUUUGUAUCAAGCAGUAUUCAUGCUAAUCAUGCUGAUUUAAUUCAUGAUAUAGCCUAUGAUUUCUAUGGUCGACGUAUGGCAACUUGUAGUAGUGAUCAAAUGAUAAAAAUUUGGGAUUUAAAAGACAAUGAGGAAUGGGUAUGCACUGCUUCAUGGCGAUGCCAUUUGGGAUCAGCAUGGCGUGUCACCUGGGCACAUCCUGAAUUCGGUCAGGUUAUCGCUACUUGUUCAUUUGAUCGUACAAUAGCAGUGUGGGAGGAAAUUGCCGGUACUCAGACUAUGGCUAGUGGUGGUGAAAAUGAUGGUGGUACUAAUCAAACUUCUUCAACUGUAACAAACAUUACACAUGGAGGUCAGUCAACAAGUACUAAUUGGAUAAGACGUGCCUAUCUUGUUGAUCCACGUACUUCUGUAACUGGUCUACAAUUUGCUCCAAGGCAUCUAGGUCUUCAGUUGGCUGCUAUUUCUACAGAUGGCAUGUUACGAAUUUACGAAGCAUUGGAUGUCAUGAAUUUAAGUCAGUGGCGUUUGCAGUUCGAUUUUGGGACUAAAAUGGCUGGAUCGUGUCUGGCAUGGUCUCAGUCACGUCUUGAUCCACCUUUAAUUGCUGUCGGUAGUGUUAGUCCUAAUGAUCCAGAUACUGCGGAUAAUUCGGACGGUUUGCCAACACAUCAUUCUAUGUCUCAUACAACGGCGCAUCCAACAAAUUCUCUAGUCAAUGGCAAACUUAUUCUUUAUGAAUAUUCUGAAGCUAGAAGGCAUUGGUUUCUAGUGGAGGAUGUGCAUGCAUUGAAUGAUCCUAUUUACGAUGUGGCGUUCGCUCCGCAUAUGGGUCAAUCAUAUCAUACAUUGGCUGUUGGAUCGAAAGAAUUGUAUAUAUUAAGAAUUAAACCGUUCAGUUCCAAUCCUUCCUCUGGUUCAAUGAUGAAAAACGACAAUUCUAGCUCCAAUAAUUUAUCAUUGUCACGAUCGAAUCUACCUAUACGUAAUCCAUAUGAAAUUAGAAUGAUGGCACGUUUCGAUCAUCACGAAGGACGAGUUUGGCAUGUUUCUUGGAAUGUGACUGGCUCGUUACUCGCAUCAUCAGGCGAUGAUGGAUGUGUACGACUUUGGCAAGCCAAUUAUCUUGGUGUAUGGCUUCCAGUGUCUGUUAUUAGUCCAGAUGGUAGUCGUUCUGUUACAAUACCUAAUGGACAAAAUAAUCUAUCAAAUCAUAUACUGAAAUCAUUCUCUUCAGGUCCACUUAAGCCGUCGUCUAUUACAUCAUCAGCUUCACCUAUUCGUUUGUCCAGUUCUACAGCUCAGAUCAAACAAAAUGAACAUGUUAUGGAUCAUACUGAACAACCGUCGAACACUAAUCUACCUAAAGGAUCACUCUAUGGAUGUACAGUUCCAUUUCAAAAAUUGGCUCCAAUUCCGAAUCCAAAUCAACCUGGUGUAUGGCACUAG